AUGUUUAACUAUGUGAUACAUUUCUUUAUAAUUAUAAUUGUAAUUGAUGUCCGUUCCGAGCGUUUGUGCGACAACAUCGACGCGCGGAAUACGCCAAACAGUCUGUUCGCUCUAAGAAAUUGUACAGCCGUCCUAGGGUAUCUUCAGAUCGUGUUGAUGGACAACGCGACUUCUGCAGACUUUAAACAUCACGUGUACCCAGACCUGGUGGAAGUCACUCAUUUUGUGCUGCUGUACCGAGUUAAAGGCCUGACCAGCCUUGCCGAGAUGUUUCCGAACCUGCAGGUGAUCAGAGGCCAGAAGCUGCUUGCCAACUACGCUCUUAUCAUCUACGAAAUGCCCGACAUGAUUGAGAUUGGUCUACCAGGUCUUUAUUCAAUCCAGCAUGGCGCAGUCCGAGCUGAACGAAAUCCUAAGCUCUGCUAUGUCAAUACUAUUUUAUGGAAAAACAUUACUGCAACGGGUAGUAACUUUUUCUUGAACAAUCAAUUGCCUAAUGAAUGUUCAUUAAUUGAAAAUUGUAAUAGCUGCACCAAUAAUAAUUGUUGGACUAAAGACAAAUGCCAAAAAUUUGCUGUUUACCACCCCGAAUGUGACGAACAAUGUUUAGGAGCCUGUACUGGACCAGGACCUGCUCAGUGCAAUGUCUGCAGAACAUUGCGCAAUGGAAGUAUAUGCGUAGAUAGAUGCCCGCCGGAGAGAUUAGUUUUUCUGGAUACUAUGCGAUGUUCAAAUCCGGCAAAAUGUGUGAAUGAUAAAGUAAUUUACGAAAACUCUUGCUUAUUAGAAUGUCCGGCAGGAUUUAUGAACUCCAGUGGCAUUUGCAUAAAAUGCCCUAAGCAGAAAUGCCCUAAUGUGUGUCGAGGUGCUAUAAUAACAUCCAUCUCUGAUGCGCAACAUUUUAAAGGAUGUACGAUCGUAAACGGGAGUUUGCAGAUACGGUUAUCAGAAGCCAUUGAUAUUACUCAAGACUUGCUACACAACUUGAGUGAGAUAGAAGAAAUAAUUGGUAUCUUAAAAGUGUAUAGAUCAUUUUCAUUAAAAUCACUUCAUUUUUUUACUAAUUUGAAAGUUAUACAUGGAAAUGAAGAAUUAGAUUCCAACAAAUAUUCUCUGAUGGUAUUUGAAAAUCAAAAUUUACAAAACCUUUUUAAUGUGACCAGUCUCCGCAUAGAAAAGGGUUCUAUUUUGUUCAACAACAACCCAUACUUGUGCCUAUCAGAAAUAGAAAAAUUCCAGCAAUAUACAAACUUAACAAAACUAUCAUUAAAAGAUUCUUUUCCUAGCUGGAAUGGAUACAAAGCUAACUGUAACUUUGUAAAAAUCAAAACCUUUGCAGGAAAUGUAUUCACCACAAAUGCUACUAUUUACUGGGAGAACUAUAAAAACGUUAGUUCUAAUGGAUAUAUGAUAUAUUAUAUAAAAGCUCCCGAAAAAAAUGUGAGAAUUUAUUAUGGUAUGGAUACAUGUCUGGAAAACUCCUGGAACGGUACUCAGUUUAAAGAGAAGACUCAAAGUCAAUAUUUAAAAUAUACUUUGACUGAUCUUAACGCUUUCACACAAUAUGCAUUCUAUGUUCGAUCAUAUGAUUUAGAAAGUCCUGUUCUAAAUUUCCAUCAAGAAGUUCAAUCUAACCUAGAGUAUUUUAAAACUUUGACUGAUCAACCAUCUGGUGUUGAAAGAAUUAGGACUGUAAGCAAAAACUCAAGUUCUAUAACUAUAACAUGGUUUCCACCUUCAACACCAAAUGGUAUCCUAAGUCAUUACAAGUUAUAUGUAUUUCAUCAUCCUGAUGAAAAUGAUUUUCUAGACCCAAGGAAUUAUUGUAAAGAACCAAUGGAGGAUAUAGAAACUAAUCCCGAACUGGAAAUGAUCCAAUCAGCACCAGCACAACAGUCAUGUUUUUGUCCUGAUGACGAACCAUUAUUAAGUAUUGAUCAAGAUGAAAGUGAUAUUUGCAUUGAAGGAGCAGAAACGCAUCACAGUUGUUCCCAAAUGAAAUACUCAAGUAAUAGAGUCCGUAGAGCAUUAACACCACAUGUUAGAGUUAAAGAAUUUCCAGAUGUUAUAGUUGAUGGAUAUUACGAAGUUACAACUAUAAAUUUCAGUGCAGAAUUGACUCAGUAUACCGUCAAUCAUCUAAGGUAUUACGGGUUAUACACAUUACAACUAGCGGCUUGCAACAUAAACGAAAAAAAUUAUGAGGUGUGCAGCCCAAUAGAGCAUUUUACAGACCGUGCAGGAAAAUACAUCAGAGCAGAUGACAUAUUGGAUUUCCGAGUCGAAACCAGAAAUAAUGAAGUCUUUUUGAAAUGGUCAGAACCUGAAAAACCAAAUGGUGUGAUUAUUACUUAUUUUAUAGAAUAUGGUAAAUACGAAUGGGAAAAGGCUCCAUUCAUGACAAAAUGUGUCACCAGACUUCAUCAUGCUAUGAAUAACUACACCCAUACAUUACUUCUAGAAGAUGGAACUUAUAAGGCUCGUGUGAAAGCCCAAUCUCUAGCAGGAGACGGUCGAUAUACCAACAUGGUCGAAUUUAAUGUGACGAAAAUCGAAAUACAGUUUCCAAAUACGGGUAUAGUGCUAUUGUAUUGUGCUCCAGGCAUUGCUUUAAUGGCUGUUUUAAUCUAUUGUUUGAAUAAACACAAUUGUUUUUGCACGCCUUAUGCAAAAUCAUCUUGCUUUAAGAAAAAACAGUCAACUUGUUCUAAAAUGCGCAAUGAUUCUUGGAAUGAUUCUCAUGGUGAAGAACAAGAUAUGCGCCGUCAAAUUUUGUUUGAUGAAAUUACUAAUCAAUUAUUCGAUGACACUGCUCCUAAUUUAGGUUUGAUAAAGAGAGAUUUUAAUGUUAGAUAUUUUCAUAGUCGCCCAGAUAUAGAUGAUACAGUGCAAAUUAAACCAAAUACAUUUCUAACUAGCGCCUCUAUAGAAGCACAUGCCUGCGCUAAUGAAUACCAAUGA